AAUGCUCGAAAAUUCUGAAGAAGACCUUAACAUUACUGGCAAGAACAUCACGUAUCCUAAAUUCACAACAAGUUAUGGCUUCUUCUCCCAAAAUCCAGUCAAGCCUAGUAAAGAGUCCAAUCCUCCUAAGCUGAUGGUGCUGCGAUCGAAAUCUAUUAUGAAAGAGCAGAUCAGCAAGGCCAAGUCAGCAAUAAUCUAUAAAAAAUUUAAGAGAGAAAAUGGAAUUGGCAAGCUCAACGGAAUUUACCCCAAGAUGGUGGCAGAAGAGCCUCUUAGAGAUUUUGAAGGGCAAGAAGUUAUUAUGCUUCAAUAUGAUGAAAAGAAGAGUUUGAAGAAUACCUCAGACAUAAAUCCCUCUUUUUCAAGAUAUAAGAAGAGGAACACAAGGAACAAUAAUUUCAGAUCAAGACAAUUUUUGACCUCAAGCUCAGUGGAUUAUAGCCAAGAUAGGUUCCCCGUAGACCUCAAGAUUUUGGGUAAAUCAACCCAGCAUUCAGAAUAUCUUAAGAAAAUGAGAAAAAUCUGUAAAUUCAGAAUGGAAGCGACCUCAUUUAACUUCAAUUAUCAUAAGAUCUUCCAGAGUGCAGAUCAGGCUGGCAAGAAUGAUUCCUCAGGUCUGAACUACAAAUAAUUCCAUGAACAAGAGGGAAGAUUUUAGCUGUAAUUCUAGGCUUAAUAUAAUUGAAAUGCAAAAUUCCACAAAGAGAAUGAGGAAUUCUAGUCAGAUGUAUAACCCUGAAGUCUCUCUGACAAAUCCCUUGUUCAUCGCACAGAAAGCCAAGAUGUUCAUCAGAGAUGACUCUAAAUAAAAAUGUGAAGAUAGGUAGAGAUACACCCAUAAUCUCUGAUGAAUCUCAAUCUGAUGAUGAUGAUGAGAAGGAGGUUAAAUUUUGACUUAAAUCAGACCGUUCUAACUCUGAUUCACUCCGGAACACAGAUUCGGUAUGUAAUAAAGGCCUGAUCAACCUGAAACUUAAUAUUAAACGAAGAAAUAAAUUUGUACCUGUCUAUAAGAAAACAAAAGCUGGGCAACAAUAUGGAAACUUCGUUCAAAAGCCAAAACCUUUCAGGAACAAUAAAAAUGUGUUUGAAGCUUCUCGAAAGUCAAAAUCAAUGGAUCCAAAACUCUGUCAAAUUUCUUGUAUCCAAACUUUGCAAAACAAAACAUUUGUCAAAGAAAACAAGCUAAAUAAGAGAAAGGUGUUUACCAAGAACAUUCAACUAAACCAAUCGCCAAGAAAUAAGGUUUUAAGGAGAAUUUCAAGCUAUCUCAGAAAAAAGCUAGGGCGUUCGUCUAUAGAAAGAUAAAGACCUCAUAAGGGCACUCCUCUGGAUCUUAACAUUUAUGUAUAACUUAUGGGUCUAUUUUAAUUUGGAAUUGAUUUCAAUA